AUGUCGGCGCCGGCGGGGAGCAAGCCUGCCGCGGAGGGCGAGAAGCCACGCAAGUCGUCCAAGUCGCAGGGCAGUAGCAGCAAGGAGAGCCGCAGGAAAUCCUCGGAGACGGAAAAGUCUGGCAGCCGCGAAAAGAGCGAAGAGAGGAGCUCGAAGAGCAAGGACAGCAAGCAUAAGGACAGUAAAAGUAAGGACAGUAAGAGCAAGGGGAGCAAGACACCGGACAAAUCGGGCGAGAAGAGCCACGAGAAGUCAGGGAGCACUAAGAGCAAGUCUAGCAAGAUCAGCAAGACUAGCAAGACGAGUGACAAGACUGCUGACAAGUCUGGCGAGAAAAGCCACGAGAAGUCGGGAAGCAAGACCGACAAGUCGGGUGAACAAAGCCACGAGAAAUCCGGAAGCAAGACGGAGAAGAGUAAGAGUGGUGAGCACAGUCACGAAAAGUCCGGAAGCAAGUCCGACAAGAGCGGAAGCAAGACUGAUAAGGGCGCAAGCAAGACUGAGAAAAGCGGAAGCAAGAGCGAUAGCAAGAGUGGAAGCAAGAGCGGUGAAAGGAGCCAGGAUAAAUCCGGAAGCAAGACGGAGAAAAGCAAAAGCGGCGAUCAAAGUCACGAGAAGUCCGGAAGCAAGACCGAGAAGAGCAAAAGCGGUGAGCACAGUCACGAGAAGUCCGGAAGCAAGACCGAGAAGAGCAAAAGCGGUGAGCACAGUCAUGAGAAGUCCGGGAGCAAGACAGAGAAGAGUGGAAGCAAGAGCGGCAGCAAAAGUGCCGACAAGACCGGAAGCAAGAGCGGAGAAAAAAGUGGCAGCAAGUCGGGAAGCAAGAGUGAUGAAAAAUCUGGUGAGAAGACGGGCGAGAAAACUACCAAGAGCAAGAGCUCGAGCCAGGAAAAGAGCAAGGAGAGCCAGAAGAGUAAAGGCAGCAAGAAGGAAGGCGACAAGAGCCAAGAGAAGUCCCAGGAGAAGUCGCAGAAGUCGCAGGACAAGAGCGGCGACAAAAGCCACAAGAGCGGCGGCACCCCGAAGGAAAGCGGCGGCAGCCAACGCGAAGGGAGUCAGCAACAGCAGGGCGACGGCCGAGACCAAGUGAUGGGUGUCGACAGGGGCCUGGAAGGCAUCAACCAGCUGCCCGAGACGCACGCUCUGCGACUGACGUACCAGAACGCGAUGCUCACCGUGCGCAACAGGCAACUGCAGUGGCUCAUCUCCGAGCUCAAGCAGGAGCACCUGAUCACGCUGCAGCAGGUGGGCCAACUGCGGAAGCGGCGUGGCGUGUUCACGGGGCCGUCGGCCAUCAUGGUGGACAGAGCCGUGUCGGCGAUGCUGAUCGCCGGCGAGACCGGUCCAGGCGUCGGCGGCACCGCCGCGACUGGCGAGUCCUCGGGCGCGACGCGCUUCGAUGACUCGCGCUAUGCCAACUUGCCUUCGGUCGUGGUGAACAUCGAAGACAAGGGGAUCUCGGCGCAGGAUGACAGCUUGUACACCUUCGGCCGGAUGGUCAAGGGCACGAGGAAGUGCAAGCACAUGGCCGGCCCGCACGACGACAUCAACUGGGAGGACCUGCAGGCGCGUCUCCUGCCGGCAUUCUACACGUUCUGA